AUGUACCUCUUCAGCGACGACUACGCGCUGCAGGUGCCACCAGUAUUCGGACUCUUCAAGGCCGGACGACUCGAGGCUCGAGGCCUCUUGAGGCUUAAGAUGAGAGAGGAGCUUUGUUGGAUUACUCGUGGAGGUGGAGCUCGUGAGCCACAUGGGCAGAGACACGCAAGGACUGGACCCGAAGAACGGGGAGUUGGUCGGAUUUACUCUGGACUCGGCAUGGACAUCUUAUUCACGACACAUGAGGAGAUUGGGACUGAGUACCGCCAGAACUGCUGGUACCGCGAGGACAAAGAGGUCACAAUCGUGUAUAUUUCCCCCUCUGGACUCCCCCCCCAGUCCAGAGUCCCAGAGACGAGAGACGAGAGCCGAGUGUUCACUUUCGUCUGCUCUUCAGGAGCUGGAUCCACCGCGACGGGGACACAUUCGCCCCUCCUCCGCCCGUCCAACGUCCGGUUGGCUGGAAACCCGCCGCAGGAUGGGGGACGACACCGAACCAAUUCCACUCACUUCCAACCCAGAGACGUACAAAGGAAUGUUUGA